GAGAUUAAAGAUUCUCACUAAAGCCGGCUUAAUAAACAUAAAUUCAACUAUUCACUUAAAUAUUUUUCAUUCAUAUACAUAAUAAGAUUAAUUAAUAAUGUCAUUCGGUAAGUUAGCAUGGUUUACUACGUCAAGGGGUCAAUUUUACAUGAAAAUUGCAGCUACUGGAACUGCAUUUGGAAUUUUUAGCAUUCAAUAUUUACCUCACACUUUCUUACUUAAUCAUUAUCGUGAUUUUGUUGGUUUACGUAGGAAUGGAAAACCAUACCCUCUGACUGCUGAAUUAAAAAAUACAUUUGACAAAGUACUAGAUGAUAUAAAAGUACCCGCAUUUAGUAGAAAGUUUCUGGAACCGUUUAUGGUUUAUGGUUACGAUGUUUGGCAUGCAGGAUCAAUUUAUGGUUAUUGUGGAGCUAAAAUUGGCUUACCAAUUAAUUAUACUUAUAAGAAACCUGGAGAAAUCGAUAAAAGUGGUAUUAUCAUCAAUGAUGAGUUUGUUAAUUGGAACCGUAAAGAGGCACGCAGUUUACUUGAAGCUCUUAUUUUACCGGAAAAUGCUAAAAAGUUCGCCAUUGCAAGAGAAAUUUUCAUGGUUGAUAACCAUAAUGCAAUAAUUCAACCACUUAUAAGUUGUUUUUUGUUCUUCACGUAUUAUAUAUUAACAUCAUCCAUCAAUGAACGUAUGCAAUUAUUUGAUAAACCUCGACAGCUCCGUUACUUCAUAUAUGGUGCAUUAGGACUUUUUAUGUGGGGAAUUUGGGCAAUGCAAAAAGAUGUGAUGACAAGGUAUUAUGAAUAUGAUGCAGAUGAACGAGCAUCUAAAUUAGGAAUUGAAUAUACAAAAGGAGGUCUUGAGUUUUACAGUAAAGUUAUUCAAAGAAAUAUUGCAUUACGAGAAUUAGGAGGAUCGAAUGGAGCAAAAACAUACACAAAAGGUGGAAAUGAUACUAUUACAUUUAGAGAAAAACAUAUUCCUAAUACUAGUAGGAAACAAUUCUUUGAACAGGCAUUAAAAGAUCAUGAAACAGGAAACGUAAGUGAUACUGAAGCUGAACUAGCAAUAGCAUAAAAUUUUCUUGGUUUCAACAAAUCACUGUAAAUAAUUUUACUUUCAUUGUAAAAAUGAAAUUUAUUAACAAUUAUUUCGGAUUGUUACGUAAUUUUUUGUUAGUUUACGAUA